UAUUUUUAAGUAUUUGUUACGGUACACCUUGCCUCGGUUAUGCUAAAACCCCAGAUUUGAAUCAGGAACUCUCCUCAUCCUCGCCUCUCUCUCUCUCUCUCUCUCUCUCUCUCUCUGCUAUAUUUAUGGCUAUCUAAUAAAUUCGCCUUCAAUCUUUCCUUCUUUUGCAUUUCAUUUUCACUAGUUCAAAAGUUGAAAUCUCAUCAGCUUGUCUUUCAUGGUGCUGAAUUUCAUAUCCACCUGAAAAAGAACAGAAAAGAAAAGAAAAGGGGGCCUAAUAUUCAUGGCUCAAAAGCAAUUACACGAGCUCUUGCAAGAUGAUCAAGAGCCAUUCCAGCUAAAGAACUACAUUGCUGACAGGCGUUGUCAGCUCAAAAGACCCAGUAUCCCGAAAACAAACUUGGUACAAGUCAAGAAGCGAAAACCCAUCUCUCAAAAACAUUUUUGCAAAAAUGUUUGCCUUUUCUCUUUCCAAAACUCUCCAGACCCGAGAAAAUCCCCACUCUUCCAGUGCUCUCCUCCCAAAAGCCCUUGCAAAAGCCCUAAUGCUAUCUUCCUACACAUCCCUGCAAGAACGGCCGCGCUUCUUCUUGAAGCUUCCGUUAAGGUGCAAAAACAAUCUUCGUCUCCCAAAACCAAGUCACAAAACAAUGGGUUUGGUUUGUUUGGGACUUUAUUAAAGAAACUAACUCAUCGUAACAAAACCAGAAAUCAUGAAAUCCGUACUGGUAAUCAUGGGGGCAAAGUUUCAGUGAAGGAGAUUCUAAGGUGGAAUUCCUCAGUUGGGCGUGGAAAUUUAUCCAAUGAGAUAGAUCACCGCAAGCAGGAGCAGGGGCAGGAGAUUAUAAUGGUUGAUACCAGUAUAAAUGAGAAAUGUGGUUGUGAGAUGGGCUUUAAUUCUUGUUGUAGCAGUCAUAUCGGUAGGCCUAGCAGUGAGGUUUGGUCAGAGAAAUCCUUGGAUUUGGAUUUUGAUACCUCAAGCAGUACUAGCCAGUCCGAGGAGGAUCAAAACAUCGAUCAGUUUGUCAACAAAGACAUCAUAGAUCAUGGUGAUUUUGCUUCUAAUGAUAAGCAAUGUUUCUGUGACAGCCCUUUCCAUUUUGUGCUUCAAAGAAGCCCUUCCGCCGGUUGCCGCACCCCAGACUUCUCGUCUCCGGUCACUUCGCCUAGUCGCCACAUAUUUGAGUGCAAAGAGAGCAAUGGGGAUGUAGAAAGCUUAAAGAAAUUCAAAGAACAAGAUGAGGAGGAGGAAAAAGAAGAAGAAGAAGAUAAGGAACAAUGUAGUCCUGUUUCUGUUUUGGACCCACCCUUUGAAGAUGAUGACGAUGGGAAUGACGAUCACAACGAGGACGACGGUUUUGAUCUAGAAUGCAGCUACGCAAUUGUACAGAGAGCAAAGAAACAGCUAUUGCAGAAGCUGCGUAGAUUUGAGAAACUGGCAGAUUUGGAUCCAGUUGAACUGGAGAGAAGAAUGGCAGAGCAAGAAGAAGAAGAAGAAGAAGUGAGUGACCUUGAGGAAGAAGAGCAACGCAGAGAAGAUGAUGAGUUAAUUUCGUCAGAUAGGGAAAAGAACAUCGAAACUUUUAUCCUAGAAGAAAUACGUAGUAAAUCAAGCUUUUAUCUUCCAAGAAAAAUACAAAGAGAUAUGAAGAGGUUGAUCUCGGACCUCAUUGUCGAGGAAGGGGGAGGAAACUUUUUCUACAGAGAAUCAAUGGCAAAAAGGAUCUGUAAGAGGUUAGAGUCAUGGAAAGAGGUAGAGUCCAACACCAUUGAUAUGAUGGUAGGACAAGAUUUUAGAAGGGAGCUCGAUGGGUGGAAAGGAAACCGAGAGCAAGUGGAAGAGACAGCGUUGGAGAUUGAACUUGGUAUAGUUGGCUUAUUGGUGGAGGAACUGUCUGAGGAAUUAGUUGCUUAAUUUGACCAGGAUCUAAUGGAAACAUUAAUUUUCAAGCUGAGAUGUUCGUUAAAUGAAUUAAUAUUAGAUUAACUUAAUUUGAUUUA